CCAUAUGGUCUGGCAUCGGAGUUGGUACCCCCUCUGCCUGCUCGAAGCCUGCCACUUCCCUCCUCCUUUUGGAUAAGACACUGAAGGAGACGGGGUGGACCUCGAAGGAGUCUCUCUCUCUCUCUCUCUCUCUCUCUCUCUCUCUCUCUCUCUCUCUGCUCCCUCCCUUUUUUUCUCCCCCCCCCCUUCCUCGUUUUUCCCCCCUCUCCCCCUCCUUAGUCCCAAAAGAUGCCGGGUACGAGAAGGACUUGAAGAUUCCUACGCUCAGCUUUGGAGCCACCAUGUUGACGCGACUCUUCAGCGAGCCCAGCCUGAUCCCAGAAGUCCAGAAGUUCUCCAGCUGGGCGGACGACUGCGACACGGAUGAGCGCAGCGACAAGGAGGAGUGCAAGCCCAAGGCCUGCCCUUUGGACGACCAGAACGAGGGCUCCUUGGGGGAGCUCAAGGAGGAGAACGACUUAGGGGGCGACGAUGAGGAGGAGGAGGAGGAGGAGGAAGGGCUCGAGGAGGCGGAAGGCGACCGCCCCAAGAAGCGAGGCCCCAAGAAGAGGAAGAUGACCAAGGCCCGCAUGGAGCGCUCCAAACUGCGGCGCCAGAAAGCCAACGCCCGCGAGAGGAACCGCAUGCACGACCUGAACUCCGCCUUGGACAACCUGCGCAAGGUGGUGCCCUGCUACUCCAAGACGCAGAAGCUCUCCAAGAUCGAGACGCUGCGCCUGGCCAAGAACUACAUCUGGGCCCUGUCGGAGAUCCUGCGCUCGGGCAAGCGGCCGGACCUGGUGUCCUACGUGCAGACUCUAUGCAAGGGCUUGUCGCAGCCCACCACCAACCUGGUGGCCGGCUGCCUGCAGCUCAACUCGCGGAACUUCCUCACCGAGCAGGGCCCGGAGGCCGGCCGCUACCCGGGCGCGAACUCCUCGUUCGCCGUGCACCCCUACGCCUACCCGUGCUCGCGGCUGUCGGGCGCGCAGUGCGCCUCCAGCACCAUGGCCAGCUCCCACGGCCUGCGCUCCCACGCCUACUGCGCCACCUACGACGCCCUCUACGGCAACGCCUCGCCCGACUACAACAGCUCGGAGUACGACGGGCCCCUCAGCCCGCCCCUGUGCGUCAACGGCAACUUUUCCCUCAAGGCCGACGCCUCCCCGGACCACGAGAAGAACUACCACUACUCUAUGCACUACUCCGCCCUGCCCGGCUCGCGCCCCUCCGGACCCAACUUGGUCUUCGGGUCCUCGGGGAUGCGCGGCGGCGUCCACUCGGAGAACGUGUUGCCUUACGAGAUGCACCUCCACCACGACCGGGGGCCCAUGUACGAAGAGCUGAACGCUUUUUUCCACAAUUGACGCCUUCUUUUGGCCCCCCGCCCCCCCCGACCCGCUCCGACCUUGGGCGCCCCCCUCCCGUCCCCCCUCUGCGUUCACGCGUAACAAAACCACCACCUGUAGAUUUGGCAAGGGGUGGGUCAGGAAGCCGAGGGGGAUCGGAGGGGGCUUGCUGGGACCCCUCCCUGCCCUCUUCCCACAGCCGCCAUAUUUCAAGGGUGGGCUGCUCCCCCCCCCAUGCCCUCCCCCACCAGUUAGGGAAUAAUUAACCGUUCCGGUCUGCGAACCAGGUUGGGCCACAUGCCCAUGGCUUGAAGUUGGAGGGGAUAGCCCGGUCCAACAACCACUUAAGCCGAAAUGAAUUUGGAGGAAUUGAUUCGAACCGAAGUCCCCGGGGUUCGGUUCCAAGGGGAGGUUGGAGGCGGCUGGGAAAGCCCGCCGCGUCCCCGAAGCCUCCCCACUUGCCCGGCCUGGGGGUUCGGGCUGUAAAUCGGACAUCUGUCGUGGCCUUCCCUGCCCCCCGUUAAGUACAGUUGAGAGAAAUCUGGUGCAAUAAAUACUCUAAUGUGAUUGAACAGUGAAACUGUAACAGAGGAGACGUUUUAGCUGACUAUCUGGAAAGGGUUUUUGGAAGUGUUCUUAAGGGAAGGAGGGGGCACCAUUGAAAUUUAUGCUAAAAAACAACAACCCCAUUUUUCACGAUGGUGGAUUUAAAACGUUUUCCCCUCGUGGUAAAUGUCUGAUCCGAAUGGGUUUCAAACUGUCAUUCAGGAGAAGUCAAGGGGUGGGCUGGGGGGGGGGAGGCUUAGCACCCAUUCCAGUGAUGGAAUGGAGAAUCCGCCGAGACUUUAAUCCAUUUUUACAAGUUUUUUUAAAAAAACUAUGUUUGCAAACUUCAAGUCAGAUUUCAGUGCGAACUUUAAAAGCAAUAAAGAGGCAAACAGAUGAUAAAUAUAUUCUACCUUUAUCUAUGCAAGUAGGUACUGAUACUAGGAAAAUUGGUUUUUAAAAUGAAGGAAAAGAGGAAAGGACAAAAAAAAGACCACAAAAAGGAAUCCAUAUGAAGUAUUAAAAAUAUGGACCAAGCAACUCGCAGAGAUUUAAAAUCGUGCACUUUUUUGAUUUGGGGAAAACGGACUGUGAGAUGUUCCCCUGGUAUUUAACAAUCACUGACUUUUUCAACCUCCCUUGUAAUCCCAAGUAACUUAUUUUCCAAAAUUUGUGUGUCAUGCUGUUUUCUACCUGUUUUAAAAACGUUAAUGAAAAAAAGUGGGGAAAAAAGAUUUUUAUGAAAUGGCAAAAAUGUUUUGUUAUGCAUGGAUAGGAAGGGGAAAAAAUGCAAAUAUGCAAAUCUUAAAGGUGAUGUGACGAAAAACACUGAUUAUAAUGCUUAAUUCUUAAGUUAACUGUUUCCCCCCAUUUAAUAGUAAGUUCUUUCUUUCUGUAAUGAAUUUGGGGGGAAAGUUAUACGUUUAUGUAACAAUACACCAGUAUAUAAAUCUCUAUAUAAAACCAACAACAUUUUCUAAAGACUCUAACUGACAUAAUUUCCCCCCCAUGAAAUGCUCCAGUUUUCUUUCCUUGAAUUACUUUCUUUUCAGCCAGGCAGGAUAUAAAAAUGUUUUCUCAUAUUCUCCCCCCCCCCCAACCCCGGCCCCUUUUUAAAAUAUGGCCUGCAUCACCUUUAGACAUACCAGCAUUUUUAAAAUUCAUAGGCAAAGGGACAUUUUUCUGACCAAUGUUUUUAAAACAAAAAUCAACAACUUUUUACAAAAAGAAAAAAGAAAAAAAAGGAAAGGAAAAGUUGCAGCCGAGAUGGAAAAUGUCUACUGGACACCAGAAGUGCUUUCUUGUGUGAUUCUGUUCGGUUUCAUUAAGAUGAAUAAAUAUUUAUGUCAAAUGAUAUGAUACAAAAAACAGAUUUCUCCCAUUUUUCUUUAAAUAGCCAGAGCUAUCAGUUCUUUUUUUAAACAACAACAACAAAAACACUGCUUUCUUUGGUUAAUAGAGCAGAGGAUUCUGCAUUUUAGGGAGGGAAACUUUGCCAGGCAAAAAUGCCUUUCCCACAUCCGUUUUGCCCUCUGAGAUAAUCCCUUUACUUAAAAAAGAAAAGAAAAGAAUAAUGAUACCGUUGAAAAGAUGGAGACUUUCCUACCCCCUGCCAUCUGCAUUUUUGAAACUCAGCAACCAGAAAAGGUUUGCUUGCAAAAUUCAGAUGUUUGUGUUUUUUGGACUGGUUUUUGGAAAGGGCACACAUUGGUUGAAAACAAGCAACAGACCGGGGAGAGGGGCGUAAACCCCCGGUGUUCAGCGGAAUGGUUUUAAUCAUUUAUUUCCAGACCUUUUUCCGAAAUGCACCGGAACAGUUUUUGACUGGCUGAGAGCCUCGAGUCAGCUAGCAUCAUAGUCAAACGCGGAAGGAAGGAACGUCCUAAGACGACAAUUAAUAAAUAUUGGAUGUUGACUCCCAAA